AUGCAAUCCUGGUCCAACAAUGGCCAGAAUGGCACUGAUGAGACGCAGCAAUGGCAUAAUAACUAUGCCUUCACUGGUCAAAAUGGACAAUAUGAUCCUCACCAGGCUUGGUCUCAGCCCAUGACUGAUCAAGCUGCGUACUCUCACAUCAACCCUCAGGAUGCUUCUCCGCCCAACUUUUUCGACUCUGAUCAGAAUAACUCGUUUCUCACCAGUGGUCUUCAUGGGUCACAACAGAACCAAGGCAAUUAUCAUGCAGGGCAUGAUUCGCUGGGAUUGAACCAGCAGUUCUCGCAGCCCUCUCAAGAUGUGAUGGAUCCAGCCUUCAGCGAUAUUCAUUCGGAUCUGUAUGGUCAACAUGGCAAGAUCGACCUGGACAAUGCCAUGGCUGGCGUUGGCCAGCUUUCGAACCAUCCUCAUUCUUCUACAUUUUCAUAUGGUAUGGUUCAACCCAACGAACCCUCCUUCGAAUCCCCGAUACAGCAGUAUGCUCAGCCUCACGUAAUACCUCAACCGAGCCGACAACAAAGUCAUACUCCUGUUCAGCAGUUUGAGGGUCUUCCUGGCGCUUUCGCCCAUGGACACGGUUUCAGCCGACCGCCUCAGCAGUCUCCUGUCCAAAACCAGCAGUCAUAUAGCCAAGCUGCAUUCUCUCCUCCAGUGAAUGGCCAGACCCCUCAGCCUCCAUCGAACGAACAGCUCAACUUUCAACAAUCUCAUCAACAGGCGCGCCAGCAGCCAACCCAGCCACCACACCAGCCCCAGCAGCAACAAACACAGCAGCCUCAACCAUACUCCCAAGCACAAUAUGCUCCCAAACAGCCCCUUGCCUAUUCGCAGACUACUCAACCGAUGCCAAACCAAAACUUCCAGCAGCCUGUGCAUCAACAACAACCGCCCUUUAUGACCAACUCUUCACCACCACCUGCUGCAACUCCCCAGUACAUGAUGCAACAGGCGGUCCUGGAACAAGACGCAGGCGUCUCUCAACCCAACGUAACAGAACCUCCGGCAAAGAAGAGGAAGCGGGCAGCUAAGAGCGCCCCCGAAACGCCGACGCCGGAGCCUGCAUCGGUCCAUGCCGACUCGCCGGUUGGGUCUCCUGCUCUAAGGAAGGUGGAUGAUGUCGAUACAUUGGCAGCACCAACACCCUCGCCCGAAGAUGCGCAGCUGAUUGCCCAGUUCAACAAACGGCCCAAGGCCGCCCAAGCAAAGCAUCCCGCUAUCAAGGGUCUCCCGUAUCUAAUCUAUGAUGGAGCAACGAAGCUUCCCGCUCCCAAAAGCUACGACAAGCUUGCUCCACUUGUCGCUGUUCCCGCCCGCAGCGGACGACAAAUGGUUCCCGAGCUUGGAUACAGCCUCCCUUGUGAGGUUCAGGGUCGGUUCACAAGUCAAUAUCGUCCUUCUCCCGAUAAGGGCGGGCUGGAUGAGAGGCGGAUCGAGGCCAAGGUGUUGUUGGAUGAAUUCGAUCGUGCUAUGAAGGGGCUUGGUAAACGACGUCCCAAGUAUACCGAAUACCCUCACGCUUUCAAAGAGCAACUCAAGUCGGACGAAGCUUCCAAGAACAAGGCGGAGAAGAAGGCAAAGAGGGAACUGGAGGAGGUGCGCAACAAACCAAUCCGCUCUGCUACCCGUCCAACAGACCCUGCUGAUGCUGCUGCAUGGGACACCAUUGGGAUAGUUCACGUAGAGCAGCCUGUUGCAAGGACGAAUGCGCUCAUCGCAGGCCGUGUGCAACAAGCGGGCGAAUACUUUAUCAAGCUUCGUGGUGAGAUGAAUCGCGCCAAGCAAGAGCUCGACCAAGCCAUCAAGGACAAGGAGGCUGAGUCUGAGGUUUCCAAGUUCCGACAGGAGUUUGAGAGGAAGAAGGAGAUUCUCUAUCGAGCUUUGGAUGCUACUAUCGAUCAUGCGGACGACGCGGUUCUGGAUAACCUCGGCGGCCACCAGAAGUUGGUUCUGAGUCUGGUGAAUGCAUUGAUCAUGUGUAUCAAAUCGAGUGACUUCUCUGGGAAAUUCCCAAAGAUUGUCCUCGAGCUUUUUACCCAUUUCCCCAUGACGAAGAAGAUUGCCGAAACAACAAACUUCGAGACGGUGAGGAAAAGGUUUGCCGACAAGGGCGAUGCCGAGGUCAAGGAGCUCACCCAGGAGAUAUCUGCCAAGAUCAAGAAGCUCAAGGCGUCCGAACCAGAGACGGCCACUGGGUACCAGGGAACCUCGGCUGCUAGCAGAGCAAAGACCUCCAAGUCUGGGAAUGAUCACUCUGCCAAGCGCGGCCGGGACGAAGAGGGCGACACACGGACUGUGAAGAAGAUUGCGAUAGAAUCAAGCGGCAACUCUCUUAGUAGGAAGCUUGCGCAGCCUAAGAUUCAACUUCAAUCGGCAUCCAAGACGACUGCGGCGAAAGCGGCAGCAGCUUCCAUCCUGCCUGGCAAAUCCAGGCCCGUGGCCAAGUCUGCACCGAAGCCUGAGCCUAAGGUAGAGAAUAAGUCGACAGCAGACGACAAGCCCAAGACAGCUCCCAAGACACCACGCAGCGAGCCCAAGCCGCAUGCGCCGCAGAACGGCUCGUCAUCGGCAGCGAGCUCCUUGUCAUCUGGCAUUGCUUCGCUUCUUGAUUCAAUCAAUGCCCCCAAGGUCGAGUCUCCGGCUGCUCCUAAGGAAACCAAUGGUCCUGAAACGUCUGAGACGCCGGAAGAAAAGGCCAAGCGUCUUCGCAAGGAAGCUCGCCGCAAGCUCCGGGUCAGCUGGAAGCCUGAGAGUGAACUUGUUCAGGUCAAGAUCUUCCACAAGGAAGAGGCUGAGGAUGAAGGCAGAGAGGUCAACAUGAUUCGCGAUGCUGGUGAUGAUCGGUCUGAAGGAAUGGUCCUCAAGCAACGUGCAAACGUGGAUGAUGAGGAUGAGGACGAUGAUAUUCCGUAUCAGCCUUGGGUCGGACCUGUUGCGACCGACUUCUCGAGACUACCAGAUGACACCCGAAACAAGAACUUUGUUAACCGGGGAGGAAACGUCACCUUCACCACGGAUGAGCAGCAGCGCAUUGCGGAGAGGGAACAGCGUGAACUCAUGGCCAUCUACACCGAUCCAGACGACAUUCCACCAACACCCAAGUCUCCUCCACCGGAGAUGGUCGGUAGCAGUGACCGGAAAACUCAAUAUUUGCCGGACGAUGCCAAGUUUCAAGAGAUCCAGCUUCGGUGGCGCGAUGAGCAGCAAAUGGGGAUCGACGGGGCUCUAUACUCGGCAAUCCAGCGUAUCGAUGCCAAGGAGAACCCGUCAAACCGCCUCGACUCGAUCUUGGGCCGCCUCCGGGGUGCGCCUUCAAACCCCUCAUCGUCUUCACAGUCUGGUUCCUUGCCUCAGCAAAGCCAUGGCACGGCGAGUGAGAAUUUGCCUAUUGUCGCCGGUAAUGCAGCUGCAGAACAGGUUCUCACGCUGCUCAGAUCCGACAAAGUUAAGAACUGGCGGGAUCCUGCUCCAGCGACGACCGAUGUUUGGCGUACUUAUCAUUACGCUGAUACAGCUACUCGUCUUUGUGGAGGCGCUAUUGAAGGCGUAGCUAAGAACUUGGCCAACAAACCAGCUCCAGCCACAUCUCCUCCAGAGUGGAUUCUGCAUGAUCCAGAGAAGGUUCGCGAGUGGCAAAUGGGCUACAACAAAGAGAUGAUGGCACGACAAAAGAGAGCGGAUGAAGAACGGGCCAGAACCGAAGCUGAAACCAACGCCUUGCGGACCACUGCACCAACUGCUGCACCUGGCCAACCCCCGGCCAACCCUCAGGACUGGGCAGCAUACUAUGCGCAGCAGCAAGCAUAUGCCCCGUACAUGGCUCUGCUGCAGCAGAUGACUGGUGGCCAGCAACCGGCUCAACAACAAGCCAGUGCAACGCCCCAACAACAGGGGCAGAUUCCUGACAGUCAGCUUCAAUCGAUCUUGGCGGCUAUCAAUCAGCCAUCACAGCAGCCAGCGCAGGCUCCAGCCUCGAAUUCUGCUUCGUAUUUGAACCCGAACGAUCCAUCUUACCAGCAGUACAUGAUGCUCAGCCAGAUGGCCCAAGGGCAACAAGCUGCUCCACCCCCGCCUCCAGCGGCGGAACGGGACUGGGAGCGGGAUAGAGACCGAGAACGCGAUAGAGAUAGGGAGUGGGACCGGGACCGCAUGCACGACAGAGACCGUGACCAUGACCGGAACCGUGACGAUCACCAUGGAGGCAGGGGUGACCGCGAAGGGAAAGAUGGCCGAAGAAAGCGAGGCACCCUGCCGCCGCACAAACCAGCAAACAAAGCACUAAUAGGGACAAAGCCUUGCACAUUCUGGCAGCAGGGCAAAUGUGCCCGAGGAGACAAGUGCACGUUUAGACACGACUGA